CGCCUUGUUGAGGUGACAACAGGGAACUUACCUCGGACAGCUCGUCCCGGGUUCCCAAAUUAGCCUUCAUCGUCCGGGAUCCCUGCUGUCUGCUCUACUGGUCCAGACCAGAUGCUUCUCAGGGACCCGAGGGAACUGGAUCAGAUUCAGAGGAGGGGGCAUCAACGUUCAGGAAGACCUGUGUGUGACCAGAGGCAGCCCCGUCUCCCUAGCUUCUUCGGAGACACGGCCUGAUGGUGAGACGAAUGGGCUUGCGGGGGAGCCCGGGGCGGCUGAGGCGCUGGGGAGACCUGGGGUCCGGCUCCGUGCCCCUGGUUCCCAUGCCACCACCGCCGCUACCGCCUGCUCCUCCAGGCCGGGGACCUGGGGCAGGGAGGGUCUCUGUCUUCUCUCUGCCCUCUGCCUCCCAUACAAGAAGCUCCCCCUCUUCACUGUUCCCUGCGACCCCUGGGUCCCUGUGCUGGGGGCUGCAGGGGACGGGCACUUCUCCGCCCUGCCACGCUGCCCUGCCCAUCCCAGCCACCCCUCCAAAGCGGGCACAGCCUGCACCGAUGCCCAGCUCUGCUCCCCUUUCCUGGAAAUCCCAGUCCGCCCCCUCCCUGGCCUCGUCCGCCCCCUCUCCCUCACACCGCUGCGCCCAGGACCCUCGUGGGCUGCGGAUAGGUCCUCUGAUCUCAGAGCAGGAUUACGAGAGGCUGGAGGACUGUGACCCCGAGGGGUCCCAAGACUCACCGCUCCAUGGGGAGGAGCAGCAGCCCCUACUUCAUGUGCCCGAAGGGCUUCGGGGCUCCUGGCACCACAUCCAGAACCUGGACACAUUCUUCACCAAUGUGUAUAGCUAUCACCAGCGGAACGGUUUCACCUGCAUCCUUCUGGAGGACAUUUUCCAGCUGGGACAAUUCAUUUUCAUUGUCACCUUCACCACCUUCCUCCUUCGCUGCGUGGAUUACGACGUUCUCUUCGCCAAUCAACCCAAAAACUAUACAAGACCCAGGCUGGUCCAGGGCAAAGUGGCCUUGUCAGAUGCCAUCCUACCCUCUGCCCAGUGUGCAGAGAGGAUCCAUGCCAGCCCCCUGCUGGUCUUCCUCCUCGUCCUGGCUGCCUGCUACUGGCUGUUCCAGCUGCUUCGCUCCCUCCGCAACCUCUUCAGCUACUGGGACAUCCAGGUGUUUUACAGGGAGGCCCUGCACAUCCCGCCGGCCGCCUUCCUGCGCGCCGCCGAGCCCCCCGCGCCCCUGCGCGCGCUGCUGGCUCGCCAGCUCCUCUUCUUCUCCGGCGCGCUCUUCGCCGCGCUGCUGCUGCUCACGGUCUACGACGAGGACGUGCUCACCGUCGAGCACGUGUUCACCACCAUGACCGCGCUCGGGCUGGCGGCCACCGUGGCCAGGAGUUUCCUCCCGGAGGAGCAGGGUCACGGGCGUCCCCCGCAGCUCCUGCUGCAGGCGGCGCUGGCGCACAUGCACUACCUCCCCGAGGAGCCCAGCGCCGGUGGCCGGGACAGCGAGUACCGGCAGAUGUCGCAGCUGCUGCAGUACCGAGCGGCCUCCCUCCUAGAAGAGCUUCUGUCGCCGCUCCUCACGCCGCUGUUUCUGCUCUUCUGGUUCCGGCCUCGAGCCCUGGAGUUUAUCGACUUUUUUCAUCACUUCACUGUGGAUGUGGCCGGGGUUGGGGACAUCUGCUCCUUUGCCCUCAUGGAUGUGAAGCGCCACGGCCACCCUCAGUGGCUCUCGGAGGGUCAGACGGAGGCCUCGACGGCCCAGCGGGCAGAGAACGGGAAGACGGAGCUCUCCCUCAUGCGGUUCUCGCUGGCUCAUCCGCAAUGGCGCCCCCCAGGGGACAGCUCUAAGUUCCUUGGCCACCUUCGGGGCCGCGUACAACAGGACGCAGCUGCCUGGGGGGCCACCCCUGCUCGAAGUCCCCCAACCCCAGGGGUGCUCAGUGACUGCACCUCGCCUCUGCAGCCGGAUGCCUUCCUGGCCAACCUGUUGGUGAACCCCAGCCUGCCUCCGAGGGACAUGAGCCCAACGACCACCCGCCCGGCCGCUGCCACAGCCAGCGUUCUUGCCUCCAUUUCCCGAAUUGCCCAGGACCCCAACUGCAUGUCCCCAGGAGGCACCGGGGCCCAGAAGCUAGUCCAGCUCCCAGAGUUAGCCUCUGCUGAGAUGAGUCUCCAUGCCAUCUACCUGCACCAGCUCCAUCAACAGCAGCAGCACGAGCUGUGGGGAGAAGCCUCGGCCUCCUCCCCUUCCAGGGCCUGGUCCAGCCCCUCGCAGCCAGCCUCCCCUGACGAGGAGAAGCCAUCCUGGUCAAGUGACGGCUCCAGCCCUGCCUCCAGCCCCCGACAGCAGUGGGGAAAGCCGAGGGCCCCGAAUCUGUUCCCUGAAGGGUUUCAGGAGACCACAGACACCCAGAGGGAACCUGGCCAGGCCCCCGGCACCGACUGAGAACACCUCAGGUUCCUGGCUUCUGCAGCUGCAGGAGACUGGACAGGGUGGCGUAGAAGCACACAAGAAGCCACCUUUACAAACCCAGCAGGGAUGACAGGC